GUAUCGGUAAAUUAAUUUUCGGCCUCGACCCUAAAUAAAAAUAUAACUAUUGAAAAGCCAUAAUAGACAGUUCUUAACCUCAUCGUGUCGUAUGUGAAGGUAUAGCUCUGCGGACAAAAUAGGUUUGCUCAACACUGGCGUCAGUACAGAAGGAAAAUGAUAUGUAUCAUUAAAUAAAGUAAGAAUAAAAGUAAUAUCGACACCAUUACGUACAUUGCAAUGAAUUUAAAAGAUGAUCGGAACUAAAUUCAAACCUUGUAAUGUAGGAGAGCUUACCACUAUGCCAUCAUGCCAUUGGUUAACUAUAUCGGUUAUUUAUAUAGGACACAAUUAUCGCGUAAAGUAACGAAAAUACCCGAAUGUAUUGGCGAAGAUUAUUGUCAGAUCAAUACUUACGCAAAAUAAAAUAGAUAACGUUAAGUGUUUUAUAACUGAGAUAAUCAAUCUUUGACAAGCGGUAUAUACGCGAGGAAGUGCCUUCGCCGUAGCAAGAGUAUUACACGUCAGAACGUCUGAAAGAUAAUGGUGUUUAUUGUUUUAAUACUUAUCUUUACGGCUAUAAAGAUAGACACAACAUUCGGAGCCUACUGCAGAUAUUCUGCGACAAGAUAUGCACGGACAUACAAACAUUGCGGGCUGUGGGGUUGGCAGAGAUGUUCCACAUACAGACCCUAUCAAUAUAACUAUCAGGCCUGUUGUCGUGGAUGGACUGGCUCCACGUGUACGAUACCCAUAUGCCCCAACCCAUGUGGAAAUGGCGGUACUUGCAUUGGUCCUGAUUUGUGCAAAUGUCCAACCUCCUUCACAGGCCAACAAUGUACAACAAGUAUUCCAAUACUGACAACGCAUAUUGUAACUACAUCGACGAGUACAACAUCAAAACCUACAAGUUCAUCAUCGAGGUCGCCUUGGGUCUUGAGCGGAAAUGAUACAUCUGACUGUGUUCCAGAAGACAAAGAUGUCAUAUUUCUAGUCGACAGUUCCAGCAGAGAUGGAGAACAGAACUUUCGAAAAGUAAAAGAAUUUAUCAAACAAGCAAUUGGAACAUUUGAUAUCGCUUUUAAUCUAACUCGUGUGGGUUUGAUUCUUUUCAAUACGAAUGCAACAAUAGUUUUUCCAUUGGAUAAGUACAAUGCAUCACAAGACAUACUAAAUGCUGUAGACAAUAUUGCUUACAAACCAACAAAUGAAACAAAUACAGGCGAUGCCUUGGAGUUAGUUCGCAAUCAAGGAUUCACCUAUGAUCGCUCAGAUGUUCCAAACAUUGCGUUUUUAAUCACGGAUGGUUAUUCAUCUGAUAAAAAUUCAACGAUAGUACAGGCUCGUCUGGCAAACCAGAACAAUUCUAUACAAAUUAUUGCAACCGCAGUUGGCCAAUUUGUAGACUUUGAUGAGCUGGUGGACAUAGCUAGUAAUAAUCCGUACACAAACCAAAGCCUUAUAUAUCAUGUUGAUGAUUUUGACGAUCUCCACAUUAAGUCUUUAGAAAAUGUAUUUACAAGUGUUAUUUGUGGAUUCGAAGUGUCUACUUUACCACCUAAAGUGUCAAUGUCAACUGUGUUUGCUUCGGUGUCACUGCCUUGUUAUGAUCUAGUGAAAAACUGUGACGAAUAUCGCCAGGAUAUGUGUACAAGUUACGGCCAAUGGGCAAUGAGACAUUGUAAAAAGUAUUGUGGGUUUUGCCAUGGGACAACUAGAGCUGCUAAACCGUGUGUCGAUCAGAUAGGCAAUUGUAGAGAAUAUGGCCCUGACAUCUGCAUUUCAACAGCAUUCAAGAAGUGGACAAAGGAACACUGUUCCAGCUUUUGCGGACUUUGUGGUGCAGACACACCAACCACAUCAAUGGCAACAAAGGCAACAGCAACAUCCACGUCAACCAUGACGACAAAUGACGGAAUUUCAGUGACGGCACCCUCUUUUGCUCCUACGAACACAUGUACAAACAAAGUAAUAGGCAGCUGUGGAGAUUUUGGCCAAGAUGUAUGUACAGAUUAUCAAAAAUGGGCAAUGGAACAUUGUCAGCAAUAUUGUGGAUUUUGUCAAGGACCAUCCACAUCUCCUAAACCAUGUGCCGAUACUGUAGACAACUGCAAUGAAUACGGACCAGACAUUUGUACAUCAGCGUCAUUCCGUAAAUGGACACAAGAUCAUUGCGCCAGUUUUUGUAAACUUUGCAACAUAGUCAAUGAUGCCACAACCACGACCGUUUCGUCCACCAGCCCUUAAAUCUGAAAAUGAGAAAACGUUUGUACUUUGUUAAACGGACAACAGCUUCAUAACCAAUUGGUGGACUCUUGCCAAACAUCAGAAAAUCUUGUUGUUAUCUAAAUGACUUGAAAGGAUAUCUGACAACAACUUUAUAUUCAUUUAACAUUAUAGUUUAUUACAUAAACUCGUCAAUCAUUCCAGAAGUUUCGGACAUAUAUCGUAGAUUAAAUGAUGUUUCGUUUUGUAUUUGCUACUUUUAAAUUUUUACCUGUUUAAUAAUUAUAUUGAUCCAUACUAUUGUACAAUACCCAAUUAUAAUAUAUGUACAUUGUAUACAGUUUUAAUAAAUUUAUAUGUGAAAGUAAAUUUUUGCAAUGGUAUAU